AUGCCCCUCGCUGCUGCUAGCCGCGCACGCCCGCGGUCGCCGUUCCCCGCGUCCGGCCUCGGCAACCACCGCGCCCCGCCUCGCUGCGCCUCGCCCCUGCUCGCCCGCCAUCACCCGCAUGCGCCGGCCGCGUCCAGCACCACCGCCCGCGCUCGCGCUGACCACAGCCGCUCGGACUCCCCCUCGAUGGCCGCCGCCCGCUCACGCCCGCGGCGCCACAUUCCCCCCCGAUCUGCCGCUGCGGCUCAUCGCCGCCCCGCGGCGCUCCCCACCCUACUGCUCCUUCCUCGUGCGCCGCGCCGCCGCCUCAUCCCUGCCCUCCCGCUGCUCGCCGCCCCUGCCACUCAUCGCCACCGCUACUGGCCACUCCGCCACGUGCCGCGCCGCUCGCGCCACGCCGCCGCAGCCUGCAGCCCGCCCCCUCGCGCGACCCCCGCCGCCCUCGGUCGGCCUCGCCGGAGCCAUUCCCGGCUGGCCUCGCCGCAGCCCCGGGCGUGCGCUCGAACAAACGGGUGUUGGGCACCCGUUGCGCCCGUGCCAGCUAACGCCGGCGCCCGCUAA